ACUUGACCCCCACUCCUGCUCAGAAGGUGGCGGUAACGCGCCUCACGUUGCUUGACACGGAGAAUAAGAAGAAGAAGAAGACGACGACGACGACUAUGGCUUCUGUCGUCCUGAGGUGGUGUGCUGUCCGGCGUGUUCUCCUGUUAACAAGCUCACACCAGUUCCCCACAGUUCCUAGUCUGAAGCUCCAUACUACAGUUUCUGCUAUGAUGGGUGCAACAGUGCAGCAGUUUGAGGAGGCCAAGAGUAAAUUGUCUACACUGAAGAAUGACCCAGGCAACGAGGUCAAACUGAGGAUUUACGCUCUGUUCAAACAGGCCACCCAGGGUCCCUGUAACACUCCCAGACCUGGUAUGCUGGACUUUGUCAACAAGGCAAAGUGGGACGCAUGGAAGAGUCUGGGUUCCACACCACAGGAUGAUGCCCGGCAGCAGUACUGCAAACUGAUCGAGUCCUUGGUGGAGGAAGAAGGAGGAAGCUCCACCCAGUUGACUACAAAAGCUGCUGGAAGUGGGGCAGUGUACGAGACACUGCUGGUCACCAAGGAAGACAACAUUACCACCAUCACGCUGAACCGGCCGGCAAAGAAGAACGCCAUCACCACAGGGAUGUACAACGAGAUCAUUGCAGCGCUUGAGCAGGCUGCGAAAGAUGAGUCGGUCAUUGCUGUUUUUACUGGUGCUGGCGAUUUCUACUGCAGCGGCAAUGACUUGACCAACUUCUCCAAGAUCCAAGACGGGGGGGUGCAGGAGGCGGCCAGACGUGGUGGAGACCUGCUCAGGAAGUAUGUGAAGGCCUACAUUGACUUUCCCAAGCUGCUGGUUGCUGUGGUGAAUGGGCCAGCUGUGGGGGUCUCAGUCACGGUGCUGGGACUUUUUGACCUGGUCUAUGCUACGGAGCGGGCUACAUUCCAUACCCCAUUCAGUCAGCUGGGGCAGAGCGCUGAGGGCUGCUCCUCCUAUACCUUCCCCAAGAUAAUGGGUGCUGCUAAGGCUAGCGAGAUGCUGCUCUUCAACAAGAAGCUGACGGCAGUCCAGGCCUGUGAGCUUGGCCUCGUCACUGAGGUUUUCCCUGACAGCAGCUUCCAGUCUGAGGUCUGGGCCCGACUGAAGGCCUACGCCAAGCUGCCUCACAAUUCUCUGACUCUGUCCAAGCAGCUGAUCCGGUCAGGGGAGAAAGAGCGUCUGCAUGCGGUCAACAAUGCUGAGGUGGAACUCUUGGUGGAGCGCUGGACAUCGGAUGAGUGCCUCACUGCCAUCAUGAGCUUCUUUCAGGGCAAGGCCAAGCUCUGACAGGUCCCCACAAUGAUAGAAAUAUCCCCACAGUAUAGAAAAAUGUAUAUUGAUGCAUAAAAAAAUGCGUCCAGUUUUCUGCACACUUGCAGUGCAGAUUCAAACUCUGGACUAGUAUGCUGACCAAUGUGGAUCCAGGCUAACUUUCUUGGACCCCUGCAGGCACUUGAUAAUGGCCCAAUUGGUCAUCAAAAUCAUUUUAAUGUCCGUUUGUUGAAUAUUUCUGCGUUUUUGACCAUUUUCCAUGUGCUCUAGCUCAAUCUCACGGCUUGACAAAAGAAGAGAGUGUUUCUAAGAGUCAAGGACUUGUUGUUCAGGCAGAGAAAAGUGUACAUCCUUGAGGAAACUAAGAACUAGUUUUCACCUGGCUCAACUGCCAGUUACACAGUUUCUCUCUGUAAUAAUCUAGAAAGGAUUUCAUACUGGAUCCAGACAUGAUGAAGUGCUAAAAAUCUUCUAAUAUCAUGGUAAAUGAACUGCUGAUGUCAUACUAAGAAUCAGUUUACAGCAUGCUAACAGAAAGAUGAUGAGCUGCUGACAUAAUGGUAACAAACACCCAACAUAUUGCUAAUGAACCGCUAAAAUCAUGCUCAAACUGUAUAUCAUGCUAACAAACCACUGGCCUCAUGUCAACGAACCACUGACAUUAUGCUAACUGCUAACAAACUGCCAUUGUCAUAUUAAAAGAACCUAUUAUUGUAAUGAACCACCAACAGUAUACUAACAAACCACUAAUCUGAAGUUAACAAACUCCUAACAUCAGGCUAACAAACCAGCCUUUGGUUUCAGACAUCCUAGCAGUGUCUGCUGUGUUUCUAUUGGUUUAACAUGAAGGAGCCCAUUUGUGUUGACUGUCAAUGUGCCUCAUGGCACUUAAAAUUAAAACUGUCACUUCAAUAAAGAACAGCUCACUGAUUGGUUUUCCAAGGUGUUCUGACCUGUGAACUGAAGCUUAUUUUGUUUUAUUUUUUACAGAUAAUUUUAAGAGGUAUUUUGAGUAAAAAGAAACUGACAAAUAUUGAUUUUUCUAUUGGGAUUCGGCUUAAUGAUUAUUUUCAACCUCGAAUAACAGCUUUUAUUUAAUCAAAAUACUAAAGGCUUAAAAUUGUUAGCAUUAGCUUAAUGGCUUUGUCAGGUGAGAAACAAGAUACUCAUUCUUGUUUCUUAAAAUGCAUGUAAUGUUGGGUUGUUGUUAAUGCUAGCUUUUGAUGGCUUCAAAUAACAGACUUUACAAUAGACUGUCCUCACAAUGACAGAAAUAUGUUCGGGUGUAUGUCCACAUGUCUUCCACCAGGUGACAGUACUCAGUUGUAAAUAACUAUAUGGUGUAUUAAAGGAACAGUCUGACAUUUUUGGAGGGAGAAGGAAAGAUUGGGUGAAGGCAGACAUAAAAAUUUGAGUAAAA